UGGGGUGUCGAGCGACGUUGCUCCUCAGUCCCAGUCUCGUGCCUGGAAUGAACUUGUUCGAUGGCGGACAGUGGUGGCAGGACUGUAGCGUUCAGACGACGCUCACGCGGCACGUGGACCCAGGCCGAGAGACCAACACCAAUUCGGCGCGUUUUGUUUUUUUGGACCUAAUAAAAUUGCAGCAAGAGACCAGAUCACUGUAGUCCACCGGUCAAUCAAGCUUCGUUCCGCGAGCGUCAGUGGCCCCCUAGCCAUGGCGCGCUUCCAUCGCGACAGGGACUUGGAACAGUUCGAUGGGAGCAAUGACAUUACCGCGGCCAAUCGAGCGAGUUUGUCGCCCACAAAAAAGGCCUCGAAGAAUACUCCCUCGGACGAGGCUGCCGCGCUCGAAAGCCUCCGAAAGCGAAUGGCUGGACCCUCUAGCGCCAAGGCCGGUCUGUCGACGGACCAAGACGAGAUCAACCGGAAGAUCUACGAGGCUUCCAAGGGCUCCAAGUUCUUCGAAAACGAGAAGAUGAGGGACGAGAAGACGACACAGCAGAUCGAAAAGAUGCUCAGAAAGAGGGACGAGAUGCUGGGGCAAGUUCUCGAAGGUAGUGCUGCGUGGAAGACGCUGGAGCACAAGAUUGAUGAGCGGGCUAUUCAGCUGGAAGCGACAAGAGACUUUUCCCGAGUGAUCCUUCACGCCGAUAUGGACAUGUUCUAUGCAGCUGUCGAGCUCAAAAGAGAUCCUUCGCUCCUCGGAAAGGCCUUUGGCGUCGGCUCGGGCGUGCUGGUAACGGCAAGCUACGAAGCGAGGAAAUUUGGCGUAAGAUCGGGAAUGGCUCAGCACAUUGCUCUCGCGCUAUGUCCACAUCUCAUCAUUGUCAAAAACGACAUGGCCUCGUACGUCGAUGCGUCGAGGUCUGUGAUGGAGAUCAUGGAAGAUUACGAUCCGACGCUCGCUCAAAUGAGCCUGGACGAAGCCUACCUUGAUGUGACACCCUACUGCGACAUGAACGAUCUGACAGUUGACGAAGUCGUCGCACAGCUGAGAGAAGAGGUCAAAGAGAAGACGAGCUUGACGGUAUCUGUCGGUAUUGCACCCAAUAAGAUGCUCGCAAAGAUCAGUAGCGACAAGAAUAAGCCGAAUGGCCAAUUCCGCGUUCCACCCGAUCGCAACUACAUCAUCGACUUCAUGCACGAUUUACCUUGUCGAAAGAUCCCAGGGAUCGGACGGGUGACGGAACGGAUCCUAUCAUCGCUCGGUAUCGAGACUUGCGGUGAUAUCUGGACGCACCGCGUGAUCCUCAGCCUGACACUCUCUGGCAGUGAGGGCAUAGAUUGGCUCUUGUGUGCCUACCUCGGCUUGGGGAGCAACAACGUCGAGCCUGGCAAGCGUGGCGAACGGCGGAGCGUGGGUCGCGAGCACACGUUCCGACCGACGAGCGACAUCCCGACCCUCCUCGAGAUGCUCCGGGCCAGUGCGGACCAGGUCGCCAAGGAUCUCGACCGGCUCGACUAUCGGGCCAAGACGAUCACGUUGACAUGCAAGACGGACACCUACCGACGCUUUACGCGAGCGCGGACCAUGGUUAAUUACACGUGGAAGGCAGACGACCUCUAUGCAAUCACGUCCAAGCUUCUCGAGACAGAGAUCGAGGCGAGGCGAGGCCCCUUUGCGCUGCGCCUCAUUGGCGUCCGGACGAGCGGGCUGAAGGAUCUGCGCGAACCGGAGAAGGGAGGCAUCAAACGCAUGUUUGAGCAGACCGCUGCCUCGUCGUCGGCAAACAAGAGGGCCAGGGAGGAAGGCGAGGCAGAAGACGAGGAUGAGUUGCUGCAGAGGGCGCUCAAGGCUUCCAUGGUAGACGUAGUCGCGUCGAUGCAGGGGCGCCGUGCAAGAAGUGAGGAGGCAGAAGAAGAAGAGAAGAAAGAGGAGAAGGUGGAAGAGGGAAGAGAGCAUGCCAGGCAGACAAAGGACGAAGGUCAAGAAGAGAAAGAAAAGGGGCUGGUCAAUCGACAGGAGAGCGUCCAAGAAGGCGAGCCCUCCGAUCACGAUCAGAGUGGCGUGGCUUGUCCCAUCUGCAAUCGAGCCAUACCGAGGACCGAUGACGAAGGAGAGGAAGCCAUCAAUCUGCGACUCAACGAGCACAUUGAUCUUUGCCUCUCAGGUCAGCGCUCCGACCCAAAGUCGGGCGAAGAGGGGUCUAAGAAGAAAAGGAAGCUGGGAACCUUGGACCGCUUCGUCCAGCGGGCCUGAGGACGCGUGCUGAAGACAUACAAUUUGCAACAAGAAUGAUGACGACGCUGCAUGUAAAGUACUGUACUAUAACAAUCUGAUGUGCCUCUGUUCAAUAGUAUGCUCCUGCACCAGCAUAGCCGUCGCCGGUCUCUUUCCCUCGCUUUGACGGCGCGUUGCUGGCACCCUCGCCUUCAAGAUCCAGUCGCCGCAUGCCAUCGGACACAUAGCCCAAGGAGC